AUGCACUUUGUGUUCUUUGCGACUUUUUUGGAUUCACUGACAAGUCGUCGUCGAGUGAGUACUGCUCGUUGUAUUGUCUGCAAAGGCUCGAUAUGGCAGCAUGCUCCUCACCAAGUUUGUGCAGUGGACGACGCGUCAACGGGAAGGGAGGUUGUGAAGCAGUAUGCUGACGGUCUUACAAGUCUAAGAAAGGCUGUGAAGGAGGUGCAAGAUAGAGCUGGAAUGACCAUUUCUCCGGCUACUAUCUCGAAAUACGCCCGCGGCAAAACAGAUGUAAUGGAUGAGAGUUCUGGAACUGGAAAUUUGGAUAUAACACUCUCACAAAAACUUCGUAGGACGGUGCUGAAUAUUCGUGAAGGUGACUAUGUACGUCAGUAUUGUUCAGCGAACGGCCUAGAUGGACGAAACAUCAAGUAUUAUAAGUGUCAAACAUGCCAUAAGUUGAAGCUGAGAGGUGGCACAAAUACAGUGCCAUAUAUCUGUGUACGUCAAGGAGAGAUUGUCAGUAAUGCGCAUCCGAUUCACGACGAACGUUGUCAUCCGAUCAGAUUGGAAGAAGCAGUGGCGGUGGCUGAAGAUCGAGAGGCUAGAUUACGCGUUCGUGAGGGACAAGAACCUCGAACUGCUUUUAAUGAGGCAUUCCAUCGUUGCAUCAAUCUGGAUAAUACGUAUAAAGUAAACGAUUACCUUCCGUUAUGGAAGAAUAUUAAACGAUCAUACUAUCGACAUCGCAAAGUGCAACAACCGAACGCACAACCGCCACCGAACCCGACCGGAAUGGAGGAUGUUGUGGAUCAAACAAACGGCCGUGCUCCAAUGCCAGUUGAGGAUGAUAGUUUCGACUUUCUGGAACGGAUCGGGUUUGAAGGAUUCACUAGUUCAGUGGCAACAAGUUCAAACGAUCCGAUUAUCGAUGAUAAAACAAUAGUUGAAGAACAGGUGCCAAUACAGACGGAAACUUGCGAUGAGCCACCGCGUAAAAGGGAAGAAUAUGAAAUCGGAUUUCAGUCGCGUGCUCUGAAAGACUCAGGUGGUGAGAUUUUGGAGAUGACACUGUCACAGAAACUGCGCAGAACGGUGCUAAACAUUCGUGAGAAUGAUGAAUACGUGCGUCAGUAUUGCUCAGCGAACGGUCUAAACGGCAAAGAUAUGCAAUACUACAGAUGUCAAACGUGUCAUAAACUAAGACUUCGUGGUGGCACUAAUAUAGUGCCGUACAUAACGGUGCGUCGUGGUGAGAUUAUCGGCAAUGCGCAUCCAACUCACGAUCAACGCUGUCAACCGGUAAAACUUGAAGAGGCGAUGGCCGUAGCGGAAGAUCGUGAGGCAAGACUGCGUAUUCGUGAAGGUCAACUACAGCCUAGAGAUGCUUUUAGUGAGGCAUUUCAUAGGUGUGUUGAUUACAAGAAUAAUAAAGUAAACGAUUACACACCGUUGUGGAAACGAGUGAAGCGAGCAUAUUAUCGACAUCAACAAGUACCGUCGACAUCCUCGUACCAGAAUGAUGUGCCAUCGACGACUACUUUGAUGGAUCAACCAAUUGAUGCCGAUGAUUUUAAACCGCAAAAUCCAUCUCCUUAUCACGAGUUACCACUGUCCUUAUCAACGUUGUGA